AUGGCUGUUCCACGUUCACGAAUAUUGGACUUGAUGAAGGUCCAAUGUCGGAUCUUUUCAACAACGUUCAAUCCGGAAGGUCUUAGACUGGGAAAUAAGAUUCUGCGGCAAAGAUUAAAGGGCCCAGCGUUGGCUUCAUACUAUCCACGAAAGGUUGCUACGAUUCAAGAUCUGCAGAAGCUAUAUCCGGAAUUCGACGAGUUCAUCGAUGAGGCCGAGGAAGACCGGCUGGAGGGAAUCAAGAUUCUCAAGGCGAGAGGAAAGGGUGCCCCCAAGAAGAAGAGGACAGCGGAAGAAUCGAAGAAGUUCAAGGGCAAGAAGAGGUAG